GAUGAUUGGAUCCAUGAAAUGAAAAUAAAUGUAUAUGUAAAUGUAAACUAGGCAGCAAAUGGUUUCUAGCUUGUGAUUGGCUAGUACACAAUCCACUGUGGAUGCUCCCCAUAGUCGCAUAUUGUUGUAGACUUUACAUAGCAACGACUGUUUACUCGCCGUUGCUAAGCAAUGGUACCUGAGCUGUCACUGUAACAUUUGCUUGAAUGUGGGCAGUUCCCACAUACCAAACAAACCAGCAUGGGAAAAACCAACUGGUAGACCUAGGCCUAGAUGAGAGAAUGUUAUUAAAGUGGAUCGCAAGACAAACAGAGUGUCAGAAUUUGGACUUCAUUUGUUUGGCUGAAGAUCGGUACUAGUGAUAGGAACCUUCGGAUUCCAUUGAAGACGGAAAUCCCUUGUCUAGGCGAGAGACUAUUAGCUUCUGGAGGAGGUCAUUGUUGUGUGGAAAUAAUUAAUCUUCGUCAUUUCCUACGAAGUCCAAUUUAGUGAACAAUUUCGUGAUGUGGGGAUCACGGUUGAGAGGUAAAAUUAUAAUAAUAAUAGUUAUCACAUAACAUUAGUCCCUCGACAUUAUGGUGGAAUUAUAAAUGUGGCGAUGGCAAUAAUCUUUGUGUUGUGUUCGGAGUCUUACACGUAACAGCAUAAGUCCAGACCGAUUGUGUAAUUGUUUCUUGGAUUAUUCAGCAACCGGUCGAAUUACAUUAACAAUACCUAUGAAUGAAAAUGAGAGAUACAAUCCCUGGAAAGGCAGAGGAAAACAACUAUAACUGAAAAUUAGCGUAGAACGUGACCAGAAUGACCACAGAUAACACACAAACGGGCCGACAUUCGAGGUGCGUGAAACCAGCCACAAAAUUAAGUCCAUGCGGUUGGUGACACCGAAUUUUCCUUCUACGCAACGUGACCGAACGUGACAGUGUGCUUCAAGCUAAACUGCUAGACUGAUUUCGAUGAACUUCUUUGCUCUAAACGCUCUAAACCAUGGUUUACAACGCACUAUUUUUAAGGCUGACUCAAUUGCUGGUGUUCGUUAUAACAUUCAUUUUCUUUCAGACAUAUUUGAAAAAUUCCUGCAAAAGACGACCACCGAAUACUUGAUUCGCGAGGCCUGGUCUGUAGCGAAAAUUCGAAGUUGAGCUCGUUACGUCAAUGUUAGUUGAUAGUUUGGUUGCGCGGAAGUGUUUCUCGCGUGACAAUGAAAAAACCGGUUUCAUGACAAUCCAUGUUUCGGGCAUAUUUUGCUUAGAAAUUAAUGUGUGUUCAAGGCUAUGGAUUUGAACUUUAACGAUGUGUGUCGUUUGUGCGCCAGAAAACGUGAGGAUAUGCAAAAUAUUUUCCAGGAUAUUUCUGCUGAAUCCGAAAGUUAUGUGGACAUCACUAAGGAUAUGUCAGGAAUGUUGCCACUUAAGAUAGCCAGUGCAACUUCUAUCAAGGUGGAGCUGGGGGAUGGUCUUCCUACUCAGGUGUGUAACGAAUGUGUUACCCACUUGAAUGCAGCCCUCACUUUCAAGGAAAAGUGUCUCACAGCAGACUCAAUACUGCGACAUUUACUAAACAUAGCGCAGGAGGCACAAAGCAGUAAGGAACAAAAAGAUGAGAAAGCAGUGGCACCAGAAUUAAGUCCACUACUCUGUAAUGAUCGGGAUGCAAGUCAGGAUGGUGCUCAAGGGAUCUGGAGCAGUAAUGUGUGUUCAGAAACAGCAGAAAAGAAUAGCUCUUCCAUGAAAAGUGGCAUAUCAGACAUUUCAUCCAGUGUUGUAAAGAAUGGCUUGGAUGUUGACAUAAAUUGUGCACCAACUGAGGACAAACAAUACAUUUGUCCUCCAUGUGGCAAACAAUAUUUGCUGUCAGGUGCCUUCAAAAAGCAUUUAAGCAUGAAACAUGAAAUGAAUGACAAGCAUAUAGAGGAACUUAUAGUGAAGAACAAUGGAGGCAGUAUUGUCAAUAAGCCAGCAAACAAGAAAACGUGUCUGUGCAAUGUUUGUGGCAAGCAGGUGAACAGUGUCCAGUUCAAGCAGCACAUUCGUAGUCAUGAGCAGAAUUUCCAGCACUUGUGCACUUACUGUGGGAAGAAGUACCUCACCAAGUUUCGCCUGACACAGCACAUUAGGGUCCAUACGGGAGAGAAGCCCUUUGCUUGUAAUGUGUGUAACAAACGCUUUCAUGAGAAGUCACUGUUGCGGUCCCAUCAGAGACGCUACCUUAAGCAGCGCCCCUUGCAGUGCACGGUCUGUGAAAAACGUUUCACGAAUAGAUCCCACCUUAACACCCAUCUUAUGGUCCAUACUGGAGAAAAGCCAUUCAAGUGCUCAGUUUGUGGCAUGGAGUUUCGAUCUAACAAUCACUUGAAGCGACACUUCAAGUUACACUCUGGAGAGAAGUCAUACUCGUGCAGCGUAUGCGGUAAAGCCUUCAUACAGAAGAGCAAUUAUGUGCAGCACCUUGCUGUGCACAGAGAAGACAAGCCAUUUAAGUGCAGUGAGUGUGGUAAGGGCUUCUCUUACAAGUGCAGCCUCAAGAUGCAUGUAGAAGUGCACAGAAAGAAGUUUGGAAAGCUAGAGGAAGGAAUUUGAAAUGUCUACUUCUGGUUGCAUAUGUACUGACUUUGCAAGACAUACAUUUAUUUAUGACUGUAAUUAGAGCAUUUGCUCAGUAAGCUUCAACCACCUGAAAUCUAUUGUGGGUUUUGGUUUAAAGAUGACUUAAUCCAAAUGUGUUAUAUUUCCUAUCUUCUGUCUACACAUGGACUAUUCUUGAAUGGCAGAAUAGAGAAUUACUGCAGCAUAUUGUUGCACUAAACAUUAUAAAUAACAGACUACAUGACAAUAAAACGAAGUCAUAAAACACCCCACCCCACAAAAACAAAAUAUGGACAUUGAUUCACAGCACCAAAAAAAAAAAAUGGGCCACUUUUACAUGCAGUUGAAAAGAAACAAGAAAAAUUACAAAACUAUCCAAGGAUAUGCAAAUAAAGAUAGUAAAACAUCACCCACAAACAGAAAAAUACAACAAAAGUGGCAUCUACCAAAUGAAAUGCCUAGAUUGACCACUGAAAUUAACAGGACAAACAGGCAGAAUAUUCCAUGUUAGAUACAAAGCACACAUAAGCAUAUACAAGCAAUUAGAAAUAAUAAUAGUAAUAUGGGAUACUUAAGCCACAUAUUAAACAUG